AUGGAUACGGACAGCAUGAUCUUCAGCAAUGACAGCGCUCACUGGGGAAACGCCAGCUCGGGUUUCUUCGAGGACGGGCUAGAGGUGGUGAUAGUGCCCAUUACCUUUGGCUUGAUAUUCCUUCUCGGCGUUGUUGGGAACACCCUGGUGUUGAUCGUCCUGGGACGGGCCAAGUCGAGGAGAUCGGGGAGUACAACCAACAUCUUCAUCCUGAACCUCAGCAUCGCCAGUCUCUCCUUCCUGGUUUUCUGUGUGCCCUUCGAAGCCACGAUUUACUCGCUCCCCGAGUGGGUAUUUGGCGCUUUCCUUUGCAAGACGGUACACUAUUUUAAGACGGUCACCAUGCUGGUGAGCAUCUUCACCAUGGUGACCAUGUCGGUGGACAGAUACAUCGCCGUGGUCCACUCCAAGCGACCCCCGUGCAUCCGAAACAAGAGGAACGCCUGGGCGGGAGUGGCGCUGAGUUGGCUGCUGUCGCUGUUGGCUGCCGUGCCCGUGGCGCAGCACCAGACCCUACUGGUGGGAGACAGGAGAGCCCCCAACAAGUCCUUCUGCUGGGAUGUAUGGCACAACAAAACCCAGCAGCACGUCUACAAAGUGGCCAUCCUGAUCAUCGGCUACCUGCUGCCCUUGCUGCUGAUCUGCUUCUGCUAUGCCAAGAUCUUGUUUCAUCUCCACAAGAAGAUGAAGAACAUGUCGAAGAAAUCAAAGCGAUCCAAGAAAAAGACUGCCCUGACGGUCAUGCUGGUUGUUGCCGCCUUUCUUCUGUCUUGGCUGCCUGAACACAUCAUAACCAUGUGGGCACAGUUUGGAGUUUUCCCUCUAACUGAUGCAUCGCUAGCGUUCAGAAUUAUCUCUCAUUGCAUGGUGUAUGGGAACUCCUGCAUCAACCCCAUAAUAUAUGCAUUCCUUUCGGAAAAUUUUCAGAAAUCCUGCCAUCAGGUCUUUGUGUGCAAAUUCCUUUUCCUGUGUCCCAUUGAGGAAAAAGUUGUAAGGAUUCGCAUGGACAACUUUGCUGCAACCCAUUCAAAAACAAACCCUUGA